AUGGCCUACUACGACGAGAAUGGGGGCGACUCCUUCGGGAGGUUUAACAAGAACUUCGAUGGUCCCGUCGGGCCCCGUCGACCAAGACUGGUGACCGACUAUGGCUCGUCCAUGGUACAAUGGAUGCGGACGCGACGGCCACGCUUCCGCGGUGAGCACCGAAUGGAGACCGAGCGACCGAGCGCCAGCUUCGCGGUCGAUGUGGUUCCGCCCGUCGCGCGAACCUAUUGCCCGGCCGACACGAUCCCCGUCCGACACUUACAUCAAUCCAUUGGAAAGUCGAAGAAGCCGAUUGUCGUGGUGCGAUGGACUCCAGAAGGGCGGCGCCUGUUGACAGGAGGUCAUACCGGAGAGUUCAUGCUGUGGAAUGGCACGGCUUUCAACUUUGAGACGGUCAUGGAUGCGCAUUACGAUCAGGUCCAAGCAGGCGUGACAUCCUUGGGAUGGUCACAUAGCCAUGAAUGGCUGAUCUCGGGUGGACAAAGAGGCGAUAUCAAAUACUGGCGACCAAAUUUCAAUAAUGUCGAAACCAUCGACGACGCACACCACGACGCUGUCCGAGACCUGGCAUGGGCACCCAGCGACACGAAAUUCCUUUCUGCCUCCGACGAUACGACUCUGAAGAUCUUCGACUUCACUUCUCGAACCUGCGACACGAUUCUAACCGGACACAAUUGGGAUGUCAAGUCCUGCGAUUGGCACCCGACGAAAGGCUUACUGGUCUCCGGGUCGAAGGAUCAUCAGGUCAAGUUCUGGGAUCCGCGCACCGCCAGGUGCUUAACAACUCUUCACAGCCACAAAAACACCGUCACUUCAACACGGUUCUCGCGAGUGAACAACAACCUUCUUGCGACGUCCUCGCGAGAUCAAACAGCGAGGGUAUUUGAUCUGCGAAUGAUGCGUGAUAUCUGCAUUCUACGUGGUCACGACAAGCCCGUUUCUUCGUUGACAUGGCAUCCGAUCCAUAGCAACUUGAUAUCCACCGGUGCCGAAGACGGCUCCUUGUACCACUACUUGCUUGACGAACCAAAUCUACCCUCUGGGCAGAUGCCCACCGUGGCUCCCUACGACAGCCCCGAUCCGGCCAAUACUCCGCCGCAGGUGAUUUACCCUGCGCAUCGCGUGCAGUAUGCCCACGGCGCUACGAUUUGGUCCUUGGACUGGCACCCUCUAGGCCAUAUCCUUGCAUCAGGAUCAAAAGACAACUUCACUCGAUUUUGGUCUCGGGCUAGACCUGGCGAGACUAGUUACAUGAAAGACCGAUUCCAUAUCGGCGAAGAAGCAGCAGAGGCCCAAGGUACCUGGAAUCGUGGCUUUGGCCGCAAACAGGCCCGCGAUGAAGAGGAGCAGGAGAUGCAGGAUGAGGCCGAGAGCCUGGUCGACCAGCGGCGACCUGACGCAGCACCCUCCCUGCCGGGUAUACAAAGCGGUCCUCAACUCCAUGCCCCAGGUUUCCUUCCAGGCAUCGGUGGUGCUCAGCCUCCUCCGCCCGGUAUGCCUGGGAUGCCCGGUGUUAUGGGCGGGAUGGAUCCUGGCCGACUAGCAAUGAUGUCUCAACCUCCGUCUCAAUCAGCACCAACGCCUCCUCAGCCAAUGCCCGGGUUCCCAAUGCUCCCUGGAAUGGGAGCUCCGCCUAUGAACAUAGACCUGACUCAGCUUCAGAAACAGCUUGCCGCUCAAGGCAUCCAGUUGCCUCCCAACAUGAACCUUCAAAAUCUAGCAGCGGGGCUCGGCGGUCUACCUGGUCUGCAGGGCGGUAUGCCUGAUGGACGCAGAUAG